UUAGGUCCAGAAAAUUCUUAAAAAAUUUGCAGGGUGAUCAAGGGGGGUUAGGGCCCUGCAAAUUUGAAUCGUAACCCCUUGAAUCAUACGAUACGACAUCAUGGGGAUGACAAAGGACAACGUAAUUGGGUUUGUUUUGGCUGUGUCUUCCAGCAUUUUUAUUGGUUCAAGCUUUAUAAUUAAAAAGAUGGGUUUAUUAAGAGCCGCCGGUAAUGGCAAAAGAGCAGCCACGGGAGGCCAUUCAUACCUGACUGAACCGUUUUGGUGGGCCGGAAUGAUUUCAAUGAUCGUUGGGGAAAUAGCUAAUUUUGCGGCAUAUGCAUUUGCUCCUGCAAUUCUUGUAACUCCUUUGGGAGCUUUAAGCAUAAUUUUCAGUUCAGUGCUAGCUCAAUUUAUCUUACAUGAGAAAUUGCAUAUGUUUGGAAAGCUUGGAUGUGCCUUGUGUGUGGUGGGGUCCAUAACUAUUGUUUUGCAUGCACCGCACGAGCGCGACAUCCACUCCGUCAAGGAAAUAUGGGGGCUUGCUACAGAACCAGGUUUUAUUUUCUAUGCCAUUAUUUGUGUGGCAUUGAUUUGCAUUCUGAUUUUCCGUUAUGCGCCAACACACGGACAGAAGUAUAUAGUGGUAUAUAUUGGAAUAUGCUCACUCACGGGCUCACUCACGGUUAUGUGUGUGAAAGCAGUGGGAAUGGCCUUGAAGCUUACAUUUGAAGGGAAUAAUCAAUUUAAAUACUAUCAAACUUGGUUAUUCACAUUGGCCGUCGUUGGCUGUUGUCUCAUGCAGAUUAACUACUUAAACAAGGCUUUGGACAUCUUUAACACAAAUGUGGUCUCUCCAGUUUACUACGUCAUGUUUACUACACUUACCAUCGUUGCCAGUAUAAUCAUGUUUAAGGAUUGGGACCACUCAAGUGCACAACAGAUUGCAACUGAAUUGUGUGGUUUUGUCACAAUUUUAUCUGGGACAUUCCUUCUUCACAAAACUAAGGAUAUGGGAAACCCACCACCAGAAGUUUCUAAUAUUUCAAAGUCAAGUGAAGACCCUCCAGAAAUUUGA